CACCAAUUGAUUAUUUUAUCUUUGGAGAAAACUAUCUACGGGUGGAGCAAAAAGGGGGAUUAAAGUAAUAGGUGUUUGCUUGUGUGAGAAACAGGCAACCCUCUAAAGAAAUGGCACUCCGUUGUAUUUUAAGAUCUGUACCAAACUCAUUGCAAGUAUGUAAGAAGUUGUCUACAAGCAGCAGCCCCUUGUACAGAUUAGGGUCAGCAGUGAGAAAGAUGGAUUUUCAUCCUUCGCUUGUCAAUCUUUCAAAGGCAAACAGGAGUGAUUAUACGAAUCUCUAUAGCAACAGAACACAGGCAACAUAUUUGGUCUGUGCCAGAAAUUUUGCUGUUAGCAGUGUGAAAAAUGAAGCAGAAAAAUCACAUGGAGGGGACCAUACUAAGUUGUGGAGUGCAGAACGCAUACUUGCUGCUGGACUGCUCGGUGUGGUCCCUGUAGCAUUAAUUUUUCCAUCGCAACCACUGGACUGUCUUCUUGCCUUGUCUCUUGUGAUGCAUAGUCACUGGGGUAUUGAAGCAAUUGUUGUGGACUAUGUGCGGCCUAUAAUUUUUGGAAAAACUGUUCCAGUAAUUGCACAUGCUUUGGUUUAUGUGCUUUCAAUAUCAACAUUGACAGGCUUACUGUUUUUGAUUUUCAAUGAUUGUGGCUUUGCCAAUGCCAUUCACUUACUGUGGAAACUGUAAUUGUGAAACAGUUUCAGAACUAAUUAGUAUAUGAAGUGUGUACUUAAAUUAAGUAACAUUAUGUACAUAAAAUUGGACUGCAAUACAAUCAUGUAAAGUAAUUAUUUAUUAAAUGGUCUUGGUAACUAAAA